GCCAGUCGAGCGAAUGUCUUUAACAGCGUCAGAGCUACUAAAACAUUUAUAUAUAUACAAUAUAGAAAUUCCAUACAAACUUUAAGGGGGUUGAGAAUAUUAUUUAUGAUUUUGGUUAAAUUUCAAAUUAAAGAAAGUUUCUGUAUUUGAAAGACAAAAUGGACAAACCGGACGAGCCGUUCAAUAAGACGGCUUUCCUCGAGGGAUAUCUGCUGAAGCACCGUGAGCUUGGCAAGCGACAGCGUGAAUAUAAGAAAUUGCUUUCGAGUAAGCUAAAGACACGUAAUGAGACGAUCAUCGAUGCCAGCUACGAGAAUACCAUUGAUCGCCUGGAGGAGGAGAAGAAUGAUUUGCGUGCUCAGAUCUGGGUGGCCGCUGGCGCGACUCACAUGAAGAAGGACAAGCGCUACUUGGCCCAGAUUCGUUGUCAUGUGGAGUGCCAAGAGAAUCUAGCCGCGGAUAUAACCAAGCUGAAGACGUCCAUAACCAACAUGGAGCGCGAAAUCAGUCGUGUGAGCAAGCAGAUUUACAAUCUCAAUCGACUGACGGUGCCGGAGCAACAGCACCAAGCACACGUGGCCAAGGUGCGCAAGAAGAUGGCCAUUUUGGAGAACUCCUUGGAGGUGGGCAUCCGGCAAGAAUGUGGCUUCACGGCGGCAAAUGCUGAGCUGCGAGAACAGCUCAUUCGUAUUCUUAAUCAUCGAACAUUCUUCAAUGACUCCUACACUAAGAUGGUUCAGAAGCUGAACAGCGACAAGAAGUAUCUGAUAGAUCUCAUUGAGUAUGCGCUAAACACCUUCGAUGGCUGUAUUGAUGUAUAUGAAAAGAUCGACAAGAUUACCAAGCGUGAGAGCAAAGAGCGUGAGUUGAGACGCAUUGAGCUGCAGAGCAUCAUGCGAAAGGUGGCUGCCGAUGCGGAUAAUUCAGCGUUCGUGGAAUGCAAGGGCAGGGAGCGAAUUUUGGCUGAUCUGCCACCCAAGGAGUAUAGGCGACGUGACGAGUUCCGUCGCAAGCACAACAAGAAGAUCAAUCUGUACAAUUCGGUGUUGAAGAAGAUACUCGACUACACCAACUCCAGCAAUGUGGAGGAGGUGAUCGAGAAGUUCCAGCAGCAGGAGAGUCUCUAUUACUCCUUCUUCAACUAUGCCAACGAGAUGAGCUAUCACAUCACGCUGUUGAACAAUUCAGUGAAUCGCCUCUUCGAGGACAUUAUCGAUUUGAAACGCGAGAAUACGUCCACGCUGCAGGGACAGAUCGAUUUGAUUAGCUCCUUGGAGCAGCAGGUGCGCAAGAAGCAAGCCGCUAACUUGGAGCUGCAUAAGACACGUGAAAACAACGAUACGCGUCUCGAGAAUCUGCUGCAGGGUGUUGAAAUGCUUUGUGAUAUGUGCUCGGUGGAUACGUCGCCUUUGUCCGAGCUACUGGGUGAUCAUACCCAUGUGAAUCUUGUGAAUGUUGAACGCUUUCUUCGGCUACUAGAGACGCGCGUCCAGGACAUUGUUGCCAGUGUUUAUGUGUUCGAGCGCCAGGACGAGGGCAACAUUGACUAUGUGGUCAAGCAGAUUGAAAAGAUCUGUGAACUGCCCACCGAUCUCAAUGACAUUGUGCUUACCCAACAAUGUCCAGAGUGCGCCGAGGGCGAGGCCUUUAAUAUGGACGAUGGCGGAGAUGGUGUGGCCAUACACACCAUCAAGGAGGCCAAGCAGAAACUCUACGAGAAGAUCACUCAGCCAGAGAUGCAGUAUCGCCUACACAGCAUCAGCCAGUGCCGCUUGCCGCGCUCCAGAAUGUUGGCUGCCCGACGAAAUGUUUAGUCCGUUAUUUUAUCAAUUGCACGGAUGACUAUCCAAUUUUCCACGCCUUAAACACCCAAGUCAUGGCC